CUUAGCUCGUUUUGCACUUUCUAGAGAGAGAGAGAGAGAGAGAGAGAGUAAAUGGAGGUUUUGGAUGGUUGCGAUCGUCAGGAUUGAAUGUGUAAUCGGAGGACGAGACGAUUACCGUCGCCAUGAUUGACGUGCUUUAUUUCGUUUUCUUCUGUUUCGUUUCGCAUGUUGUGGUUCCUUUUUGGAGACCGAUGCGAGCUUUCUUGUCUUUUGUUUCGGAUUCUUCUGGGAAACGACUGUCGUACGUGAGGUCCAUUACAAAACCGUGCUGGAUUCUGUUUGCUGAGAGUCCGUUUUCCCUGGAAACGAAAGAAGAAAAAGUGAAAGCAUCCAUCGUCGUGACGAUACCAAAAUGAUUAUACUAAGAAUUUGGUAGAUGAAGAGGUGGUUGCAGGGAAGCUCCAAGGUUAUAUAUAAGUCGUACUUUAUCAUCAUCAUUAUUAUUAUUAUUUUCAUCUAUGGAGCAACUGCAGAAGAAGGGCUAUGGUGUUGUUACCAACUUUCCUUGAUGGACUUGCGAAGACCAUAUCAACCAAGAAAGCAAAAAAUUGUCCAUCUGAUGUUGGAAGGGAAGCUGCGAAUACCCUGGUCAAGGAAGCACGGAGGAAUGAGUCGAUCUUGAGUUCUACAGCUGCUGUUAAGACUAGCAAGUCUACUAGACUUGCUUCAGCAUGCUCCAAAAGAGGACGCAAAGGUAUAAAUCAGGAUUGCUUCAUACUCUGGGAGGAGUUUGGUUGUCAAGAGGACAUGACCUUUUGUGGAGUUUUUGAUGGUCAUGGUCCUUGGGGCCAUGUCGUUGCAAAGCGGGUCAGGGAAUUGUUGCCUUCUUUUUUGCUGUGUAAAUGGCAAGAAGCUCUUGGUUUAGGAUCUCAAGAUUGGAGUUUUGAAAUGGAAUUUGAUGUAAAUCUUCAGCACUUUGACAUAUGGAAGCAAUCCUUCCUGAAAACAUAUGCUGCCGUUGACCAGGAGCUGAAGCUGCAUAGGAGCAUUGAUACUUUCUGUAGCGGAACUACAGCUUCGACAAUUGUUAAACAGGGUGAAAAUCUUCUUAUAGCAAAUAUUGGUGAUUCUCGGGCUGUUCUGGCUACUUCUUCUGAUGAUGGCAGUUUGGUUCCUCUUCAGCUAACCAUCGAUUUUAAGCCCAACUUACCUCAGGAAGCUGAGCGAAUAAAGCAGUCAAAAGGAAGGGUACUUUGUUUGCAUGAUGAACCAGGGUUGUACAGGGUCUGGAGGCCCAAUGAUGAGGCACCGGGAUUAGCAGUUUCAAGAGCCUUUGGUGACUACUGCUUGAAGGACUUUGGACUUAUCUCGGUGCCAUACGUGACACAACAAAAGAUAACCAGCCGCGACCAAUUUGUCAUUUUGGCUAGUGAUGGGGUGUGGGAUGUGAUAACCAACCAUGAAGCCGUUCAAAUCGUGUCGGCGGCACCGGAUAGGGAGAGCUCGGCUAAGACGCUGGUGGAGUGCGCUGCUCGUGCAUGGAAGCUCAAGAGGCGAGGCAUCGCGAUGGACGACAUCUCGGCUAUCUGCCUCUUCUUUCACACUAUGGAGACCGAUCCGUUCGAUCCCCCUUUAAAGGCUCCAACAAGAGGAGUUGGUGUCAAAACUAGUUGAAUCCAAUCCAUGUUUGCGGCCUUUUUAGGAUUAGUCGCUGUACGUACAAACGAGAGUUCUUACGUUUGUACAUCGCUAACCACAUGUCCAAUCAAAACAAAAAAAGGCGCUUUCUCCCAGCUCUGUGUAUUUCGCCCUUGAAGAUGGCAGAGAAAGCUCUACCAUCCUCCUCUUCUCUCUUCCUCUUCCUCUUCAAUUUCAAUCGCUGAAUCAACUCUCUUGCAAUUCCGACAGAUGAAAACAGCCUCAAAUAACAAAUGGCAGUCGUAAAAGCACCGUUUAAUCUGGCAAUCUGACUUUUGGGGAAUAUGUGUCAAAAAGGCGGAGAGGGAAAAAAAGGGGCCCUAGUGAAAAAUCCCACAUCGACCGUGUGGGAGUUUCGUACGGCCUUUUGGCUCCUUAUAAGCUGCUCUACCUCGACAGGUCAAAGGUUAACUCGUCCUGUCAGGGGUGAAAGGCGACUCGUCAAUGAUCGUUUAGAGACGGCGGGUCGUGCCGACACCUACUACAAACGAACACACCCUCUUUACACGGCGAGCGAGUCCUGCCCUACUUAGGUGGGGUCUCGCCCGCCAAUUUUUGGAAGCCUCUCCUCUCGGGGCGGGGCUCA